AUGCUCUCACGUGUUGCUGCUGUGAAGGCACCCCGCACACACAACCGUCGCCGCGUGACCGGAUCCAGCGGAAGGAGGAGGGAAGGAGGAGAGAGUGAGCCGCGGAGGCCCAACAUGUCCCGGCAUCUCCUUUAUUCCGCGAUGCUGCUCCUCCUCGUGAUGAUGCGCUGCAGCACAGGAGGUGCAUCCAGUAAGGAGAAGUCGCCAGCACCGAUACCUCCACCAAAGACAUAUUUUGAUUGGAGAGAUGUGGAAAAAGUAGAAACAGUGAUUUCUCUCCGUGUUCCCAGUCUUGUUGGGAUGAAUGGUGAUGUGUUUGCCGUUGCUGAGGCGCAGUGCACGGGAAAAAAAGAAGCUGGUGAAGGCAGUUUUACUGGGAUUGCCUCGGAGCUCCUGACGUUGACUGGCGAAAAACCAAAAGAGGAGUUGGAUAAAAGUAAACUGAAGACACAGGUACUGGAGAAAUGUUCUUCCGAUAAAGGCAAUUUCCCCUCACAAAGCGCUGCUAAGGAAGGUGGUUCCCAAAGCGAAACGAAAGUACAUGUGAGCCAGCCAACAACGGUUGUGGAUGGAAGCGAUAUUUACAUGCUUGCUGGGAACUACAGCAAUAAAGGUGCCUCUGAUGGUCAGGCAGGUGACUGGGGACUUUUGCUGGUGAGUGGGAACGUCAGUACUGUUGACAGUAAAAAAAGAAUUUAUUGGAGUGACACUUACGGUCUCCCGUGGGCCUUUUUUGUAAAACAACACGAAUCCUUAACGCAGUUGAUUAACGGCGGUGGAUCGGGUGUUAAGAUGAAUGACGGCACGCUUGUGUUCCCUGUGGAAGCCACGAAGAGGGCAAAUAGUAAUGAGGAGGAAGUAAAGACAACUACCGUUUCGCUGAUCAUAUACUCCUCAGACAUUGCGACUUGGAAGCUGUCGAAGGGGAUGUCUGCCGGUGGCUGCAGUGUUCCCUCCGUCGUGAAGUGGGAGAAGGACAAACUCAUGAUGAUGACUGCGUGUGAUGAUGGCCGCCGCAGGGUGUACGAGUCCGGUGACAAGGGGGAUUCGUGGACGGAGGCACUCGGGACACUCUCGUGCGUGUGGGGCAACGAAAAGGGCGAAGGAGCGAAGGGCGUUAGAAGCGGGUUCAUCACAGCGACGAUUGGCGGUGAUAAGAGAAAUGUGAUGCUCGUCACUCUGCCGGUGUAUUCCGAGAAGGAGAGUAAAAAAGAAAACGGUAAACUCCAUCUCUGGCUGACGGACAAUACGCACAUUGUUGAUAUUGGGCCGGUAUCCGAGAAGGAUGAUGACGUCACCGCCAGCUCCCUGCUGUACAAAAGUGCUGGAGGUAAAGAUAAGAAUGAUGAGUUGAUUGCACUGUACGAGAAGAAGAGCGAUGAUAAAGAUACAGCAUCACUCGGUAUGGUCUCCGUGCUUUUGACUGCGCAGCUGCAGCGGGUGAAGGAGGUGCUGACGACAUGGAAUGAAGUGGACGACUUUGUCUCCAAGCUGUGCCCUUCUGAGAAUGCUAAGGAGGACACCUCAUCUGGCACUGCCUGCAGUGCUGAUAUUAAGAUCACGGAUGGGCUGGUCGGCUUUUUGUCCGGCAACUUCUCUAAUAAGACAUGGAGGGACGAGUACCUCGGGGUGAACGCCACAGUAAAGGAGAAUGGUGGCGGUGCAGCAGCGGCCACAGGGACUUCGGAUAAGGGCGUGAAGUUCCAGGGAGCGUGGGCGGAGUGGCCUGUUGGCGAGCAGGGGGAGAAUCAGCUGUACCACUUUGCGAACUACAACUUCACUCUUGUGGCGACGGUGUCCAUCGACGGUAAGCCGAAGGAAGAUAAUCCUAUUCCUGUGAUGGGUGUAAAGGUGAAUGACGAUAAUAAUCCAGUACUUCUGGGACUCUCGUACGAGAAGGAAAAGAAGAAGUGGCGGAUAGUGUUCUGCGGUGACGGACAGAACAAGGAGCUCAGCAGCGAUUGGGAGGAGACAAAGAAGAAAGACCACGUGGUAAUUUUGUUACGGAACGGCACCCAAGGCUCUGCGUACGUCGAUGGUCAGCCUGUAUUGGGAGAUGCACAAUGUGAUUUGAUAAAUGAGAAAGAUAAAAAGAUUUCCCACUUCUACAUUGGAGGGGAUGGAAGCAGUGCAGGCGGCGCAGGGAUCGAAGAAGACGUGUCUGUGACGGUGACGAAUGUCCUGCUGUACAACCGUCCGUUGAAUGACGCAGAGAUUACUGCGAUUAACACGAACAAACGUUUUAUUCAAAGGCUGACAGAUCUGAAAAAUGUGGCACGAGAUACUCUUUCACCAGAUGUAGACACACAACCUACGCUGGCAGCCGUGUCCGAGACCACUCGUCAUGGGCAACAGCCGUUGAAACCUGAACCGUUGAAAGGAGAAGAAGGUACGGGCAGUGGUGGUGCAUCCAAUUCUGCAAAGACCACUAUGACGACUCACUCAGUGGGGAGUCAAUCUGCAGAGCAGUUGCCGUCGGGAGGAUCUCACGAUGGAAACGAAAGUGUGAAUGCCGAUUCCUCGUCUGAUGGUAACCCGGCGGUAGGGACAGUGGGUGGAGACACGACGCAGGGAAAUGAAUCACCGCAAAUUCCUGUGGGUAUCUCUGACGCAGCAGAUGCAAAUACUUCCACCACUGAGGGCGAGGGGCAAUAUGGACCCACAGUGAAUCCUGAGGCGGGCGUGAGCUCUGGUGAGAGUGGGGAGCCAACGGAAAAAAUAAAUGGGCAGGAGGAAGAGAUCCAUCCACAGGACAGGGAAGUGAAUGCCACAGCGCUCAGCAGCAGCCUCGGAAAUGUGCCCCAGGGGAAUAACAGCGAUGCCGGCACUGUAAGUGAGAGCGGAAUGGUGCCAUCGCUGUUUCUUCUGCUGUUGGGACUGUGGGGACUUGCGGCUCUGUGA